AAACCCCCGAGUGGGAGGGAAGACAGUGUGAGUGAGAACUAACAGCAGGAAGGGAAAAGCAAAGCCAUUCCCUGGUGUGCUCUGGCUGUCCCUGGUCUGGGAGGGUGGAAGCCUUGCAUCCCUCUGUCCAGGCCCUCACUGGAAAAGCCCUGCAGCCUCAGCAGCUUCUGGGGCUGGACACACAAAUAGUUCAUUCUUAAAGCUAGCUCAGCUCUUGGUCUGGGGGGAUUGUUUUCCCUUUGUUGGUUUUUUUUUUAAACACAUAUUUCUGGAUGUAUUUCAGAGCAGAAGCUGGGUCUUGUGUAGCUGGAGUAAAUCACUAGGAAUCUUGUCAGUUAUUGAUGGGGAGUAAGGCUGCAAGGUUAAAAUCAGUUCUCUUUUUUAAAGGAUGCACAAAAGCUUCUUCUCUUCAGUAUUUUUUCAUUGUCAUGCUCUUCUGCCAGCUGCCAUCCCACCCUUGGCACUGCUUUGGGGUCGGUGUCUCGUCCUUUGGGCCCCUGGAGCUGUGGAAGGCUGAGCUGUGCUCCUUGGUUUAGCACCACUGGGCACAGCUGGAGCCUCCUGGCUGAACUUUGUGCAGCCAAGCUCCUGCUUGGGGGGCAGGCCUGGAAUUGCAGUGCAGCCUCCAGCAGUGAAUCAGCCUUUUCCUCCUCUUUGCUGUCCCCUUGCCUGCUUGGCUUCCUGUUGGUUUCUGUUCACUCUGCUGCACAACGUGGGAGUUAAAACAAGUUUAGGGUUUGGGGGUAACUUCUUCUGGGCUGUUUUUGGUUUGUUUGUAUUUUUUAAAAAUACUUCUGCAGUGUUGUUUUAGGGUUACCUACAAAUUCAUGGAGAUGUUGUUGUUUCUACUUGACUGUUUUGAGGGACUGCCAGGAAGUACUUUGGUAUAAAUUUAAAAGGAACAAAAUUGGCAGAAAUGUAGGAUGGUUGAAAGAUGGCCAUGGGCAGAUGCACUGAAGAUACAUUAGUUAUCUGUUUGCUGCUUUUGGUAACUGCUCAGUAUCAACUCCUUUAAGAAAUUAGACUGUUGCCUGCAGGCUGUAUAAUAGCAGCUGCCAAAAAAAGUAGAGGAAAGAAUUAAUAGUUUAUUAACUGUUGUGUUUCGGUUCCUGGUCAGUACUAGACCAUUUAAUGCUAGAGCUUUCCUAAUUUCUUGCUUGUUUCUGAAAAAAUACAAAAUUGUAGCUGUGCCUGCCCUGAGAGAGCACUGGCCUGCUUUUUCAUGUGUAAAAGAGUGGCAUAUGGAGCAUGAGGCUUCAGAAUGCUUGUGCAGGUCUCCUUUUGAACAGAACUGGGUACAAAGCAUUCUGGAGGGAAGGAGAGGUGAAUCUUGUGGUAAGACUUGCAGUGGAAUGAAAAUCUUUUUGUCUAGCUCUCUGUGUUCCUCUCCAAAGACACAAGAGCUCUUCAGUCAGUAAUGCAGGAAUGCUCUGUGUGCUUUCCUGAAAACAGGAGAGGAGCAACUCACUGGUGUGAGGAAUCAUCUUGUGCAUGGAAAUACUUUUUCCCAGUCUGCUAAAAUUGCUCCCUUCAAUUCUCUGCUACAUGAGGUAUUAAAGACAGGACCUUUUUUAAGGAAAGAUUUUAAUCUCUUUGCUGACCUGUGUAGUGACUUCUUGGAGAGCUGUUCUGUUCACAUGAUGAAUAUUCAGUCUGCAUUUUCGAGCAGUUUAGAUGUAAUAAGCAGUGAUUCAAGUGUCUUUCUGGUACUGUUGUGCUAGCUCAAGUGCUGUUCAUGGCAUGAUAAUAUUCAAUAUACUGCAGAAGGAACUAGAUCGAGGUAACCUUUUUGCUUGUGGCAAAACUGCUCUUCAGCACUAGUUCUCUGGCUUCUGUUCCUGAGAGCUGUUCCAUAGGCAGCUGGGAGGAGAAAAAUGGAGACAAAAAUUCCAGCCUUGCGCUCUGAAUCCAUGUUUUUAUCAUCAAGACUAUGCUUUGCACUUUCCUUUGUUCAUUUAGCACUGGGCUGCUCUUAAAGAUCAGGUUUGGUCUGAUUGCAAGGAAUCAUCUAAAUUGUCACUGAUUUGGGUGAUAGGGCCUAGUAACAUGCAGGAAAUCAGUUUUCUCAAUUUUUAUAGUCCACUCUGUCCUUAUAAACACCUUUGUGUAAAUGAUUUAAGCAGUUGGUUUUUCUCCAGACAAAGUGGCAGGUUGUGGCUGCUGUUCUAGAUUGGCUUUUAUUUGGGUUUAUUUGGUACUGACAGGAGAGACAGAGUUUGUGUUUUGGAGCUGCUGGGGAUGGCCUUCAUUCUGACAGGGAGGUGUGGGUUCACAAAAUAUCACUGUGUGCAUGUAGAAAUUAUGAGACACUCACUGAUUCAUUUACAGACUACACUAGUAUUAUGUUACCUUCAGUGAUUCUUCUUCCUCAAUUAAGCUUAAAGAUUUUUAAAUAUCCUUUUUAGCUGAAAAUUGGCAGCUUCCUUGCCCUUUUGAAAGAGAUCCCUCUCUGAGAUAUUCUGAGCAAUAAGUGGAUCUCCAGUGGGGUUGGUUAUUUUAAUUCCUUCUCAUAAGCAUGUAGAUACUCUUAAACCAUCAUAGAUUUGGAGUUUGUUUUGUAUAAAUACAGAUUACACUGGGUUGGGAUUUCCUUUGGGUGACACUCAGGGGGAUAUAGUGCAGACAUUCAGACUAUAGUAGAGGUUAACUAUUGCUGUGUUUUGACUGUAGAACUUGAAUAUGUGUUUAAUUUUUUGUGAACAGAUUGAUGACUCUUCUGCAUCUAUUUCUCUGGCCCAGCUUACUAAGACUGCCAAUCUGGCUGAAGCCAAUGCUUCCGAGGAGGAUAAAAUAAAAGCUAUGAUGACACAGUCUGGCCAUGAAUAUGAUCCAGUCAAUUACAUGAAGAAACCCGUGGGGCCACCUCCACCCUCCUACACCUGUUUUCGCUGUGGCAAACCUGGGCACUACAUAAAGAACUGUCCAACCAAUGGGGACAAAAAUUUCGAGUCUGUUCCCAGAAUUAAAAAAAGCACAGGAAUUCCCAGAAGUUUUAUGAUGGAGGUGAAGGACCCCAACACGAAGGGUGCCAUGCUGACCAACACUGGGAAAUACGCAAUUCCAACCAUAGAUGCAGAAGCUUAUGCUAUAGGAAAGAAGGAGAAGCCUCCCUUCCUACCUGAGGAGCCAUCCUCCUCCUCAGAAGAAGAUGAUCCUAUUCCAGAUGAGCUGUUGUGUCUCAUUUGUAAGGAUAUAAUGACAGAUGCGGUUGUUAUUCCCUGCUGUGGAAACAGUUACUGUGAUGAAUGUAUUAGAACAGCCCUGCUGGAGUCUGAGGAGCACACAUGCCCUACCUGCCAUCAGACAGACGUUUCUCCUGAUGCUUUAAUCGCCAACAAGUUUCUGCGCCAGGCUGUCAACAACUUCAAAAAUGAAACCGGUUACACAAAACGGCUCCGUAAGAUUCAGCAGCAGCAGCAGCAGCAGCAGCAGCUGCCCCCACCGCCACCCCCUCCUCCUCCCCCGCUGAUGCGGCAGACGAUCACGCGCACGCUGCAGCCGCUGAUGCGGCCGGCCCUGGCCCGCCAGCAGGACCCGCUGAUGAUCCCGCUGGCCUCGCUGGCCUCCCGCUCUGCCCUCUCCUCCCUGGGCCCCGGGCCGUCCAUGGCAGCUGGGCUGCCCGUCAACCCCUCCUCUGUGGUUGUGUCUGACCUCCCUCCAGCUGUGUCCCUCUCUCUCCGUGGGGAAAAGCCCGAUGGGCCUUUUCGUGAUGCUGAUGCUGUUUUGCCUCCUCUGAUGGCUGCUGCUGAGCUUUCCAAAUCUUCCCCUUUGUCAAUCAGCAGUUUAUUGGAAGAGAAGGGCUAUCAGGUUCCUGUCCUGAGACAACCAGCCAUACCAAGUCUUCUGGGCCCUCAAGGACAAUCAAUACCCACAACUGGUCAUCCAAUGAGAGCUGGUGCACUUCGCAGGCCGGGCUGGGAACUUUCAAAUCGAGGACGCCCGCACAGUGACCGUGCCCAAAGGACUCAGGCCCCAUCACUGCCAGCAUCAGCACCAGUCUUUGUGCCUGUGCCUCCACCUCCCUUGUAUCCUCCACCACCCCAUGCUCUUCCUCUUCCUCCGGGGGUACCACCACCACAGUUUCCUCCUCAGUUUCCACCUGGGCAGCCUCCAUCCGCUGGGUACACUGUCCCCCCUCCCGGAUAUCCCCCAGCUCCUGCAAACAUGUCAUCAGCUUGGGUCCCAACAGCAGUGCCAGCGGCUCAUUCAAACACCAUCCCAACGACACAAGCACCUCCUCUCUCUAGGGAGGAGUUUUACAGAGAGCAACGGAGGCUUAAAGAGGAGGAAAAGAAAAAGUCCAAACUUGAUGAGUUUACAAAUGAUUUUGCUAAGGAAUUGAUGGAAUAUAAAAAGAUUCAAAAGGAGCGUAGGCGUUCGUUUUCCAGGUCCAAGUCUCCCUAUAGCGCUUCAUCUUACUCUAGAAGCUCGUACACCUACUCCAAGUCCCGCUCAGGUUCGUCGCGCUCCCGCUCCUACUCGCGCUCCUUCAGCCGCUCGCAUUCCCGCUCCUACUCGCGCUCGCCGCCGUACCAGAGACGAGGCAAAGGCAAGAGCCGCAACUACCGCUCCCGCUCGCGCUCGCACGGCUACCACCGCUCCCGCUCGCGCUCGCCCCCGUACCGGCGCUACCACUCCCGCUCCAGGUCCCCGGUGUUCCGGGGCCAGUCCCCCUCCAAGCGCACGGUCCCGCAGGGCGAGGCCGAGCGCGAGUACUUCAACCGCUACAGAGAGGUGCCCCCCUACGACAUGAAGGCUUACUACGGCCGCUCGGUGGACUUCAGAGACCCCUUUGAGAAGGAGAGGUACAGAGAGUGGGAGAGGAACUACAGAGAGUGGUACGAGAAGUUUUACAAGGGCUAUGCCGUGGGCGCUCAGCCGCGGCCUCCAGUGAACAGAGAGAACUUCUCCCCAGAACGGUUUGGCCCGCCCGGCACCAGACGAGAGAAUUCUCCGUAUGCUCGGGGACGGAGGGAGGAGUAUCCCGCUGGGCAGAGCCACAGGAAUCGUAACGUAGCUGGAAACUACCCUGAAAAACCCGGGAGAGAGAGCCAUGGUAUCAAAGAUCCUACAAAAUCAAAAGAGAAGGAGGUGGAAAAUCCGCUGGGAGAUGGCAAAGGCAAUAAACAUAAAAAACACCGGAAGAGAAGAAAAGGGGAUGAGAAUGAAGGAUUUCCAAACGUUGAGCUGUUAGAAGGGGCAAGAAAACCAAGAGAGCCAGUUGCAACAGAAGAUGCUAAAACAGACUCUCUGUUCAUGCUGCCAAGCAGGGAUGAUGCCACCCCUGUAAGGGAUGAACCCAUGGAAGCAGAUUCCAUUGCUUUCAAACCAGUGUCUGAAAAGGAGAAGAAAGAGAAGGAUAAGCCAAAAGCAAAGAUUGAGAAAACAAAGCGGAAAGUGGAAGUGGCGGCUGCUCCCAAGAAAGACAACGUAGCAAAACCAGCUAAAGCUUCCCAGGAAAAGGCAGACCCCGAUCGCGAAAAAUCCCCUCGAACAGAACCUCCUGUGAAAAAAGUCAAGGAAGAGCUGCCAAAGACUGACAGUGUUAAAACCUCUUCCUCUCAGAAGGACGAGAAGGCUCUUGGUACACCACGGAAGGCUCAUCCCAAAGUGACAAAGGAUCACCCAGAAACCAGACCAGCCAAGGAGGAGAAGGCAAAGAAAGAACAUCCUAAAGAAGCCAAGGCAGAGAAGCCCUCCAGCAAGGAGGAGAAGUCCAAAAAACCUGCUGAGAAAAGCAAACUUUCUGAUGCCAAACUUGAGAAAAGGAAAAGAAAAGCAGAGGAAAAGGCUGAUAAAGAACACGAAGCCGGUGCUGCAAAGGCCUAUAAACCUGAAACUGCAGAAUUGAAAACAUCACCCAAGGGCAAGGCUGAGCCUGAGGGGGAGAAAGGAGAGCGGACACCAGAAAAGGAUAAAGCUGCUUUUCUUAACAACCCGUCCAAAAAGAUCAAACUGAACCGAGAAACUGGAAAAAAGAUUGUGAGCGCAGAAAACGUGCCACCUGGAAAAGAGGCUGUGGAGAAACCUGAGCCCAGCAGCAGCAAAGUUAAAGCGGAAAAGGGAAAGGGAAAAGCGAGGAGGAAAGUGACGGCAGCUGACAGCGCUAGCUCAACUCUUGUGGAUUACACCAGCACGAGUUCCACUGGGGGCAGCCCUGUCAGGAAGCCUGAGGAGAAGCCAGACACCAAACGAACUGUCAUUAAGACCCUGGAGGAAUACAACAACGACAUAACAGCCCCUGCUGAGGAUGUCAUCAUCAUGAUCCAGGUCCCUCAGUCCAAAUGGGAUAAAGAUGACUUUGAGUCUGAAGAGGAAGACAUCAAAACCACCACCCAGGUGCCCCCAACCGUAGGAAAACCCGCCAGUGUUAUCAAACCUGUGAGUGCAAAGGCACCAAACCCCCUCAAACACACUGAAAAGGAGACAGAGCCUCUGGAGAAAACACAGAAAGCUGCAAAAGAGGUGAGUUAUGAAGGCACCCAACACGAUGCCAAGAGUUCAAAAAGUUCCGUGUCGAGUGAAAAAGGUAAAACCAAAGACCGGGAUCAUUCUCUGUCAGACAAGGAUGGUUCUGACAAGAGGAAGAGCAGUGUUCAGCUAGAAAAGGAGCACUCAGAACGUGCAGCGGAGCAAGGAAAUGGAAAAGCUAUCUCUCAAUCUUCCAAAGAUGGCAGAUCUUCAGAGAAGCACGAGAGUGGCCGUGGCUCCGCUGCGAAGGACUUCACUCCCAACCGGGACAAGAAGUCUGAGCACGAUGGCAGCAGGGAGCACUCGAGCUCCAAGCGCAGGGAUGAGAAGAGCGAGUCAGCACGGAGGAAAGAGUCCCCAUCCCGGAUCAGAGACUCCACAGCAGUGCAGAAGAGCAAACCCAGGGAGGAGCGUGUGGAGCCGCCCAAGAAGGGCCCUGCGGAGCCCAAGCGCAGCAGCUACAGCCCCCCGCGGGAGCGCAAACCCCCCGAGCACAAAGCUGUGCACGACCCCAAGCGCCCCGCCGAGGAACACAAACCUCCCGACAAAAACCCGGCCAAGGACAAAGAGAAAGAGAAGGAGAAGGAGAAGCAUGUACCAGAAGUCAAGAGCAAUAAGGAGAAAGAGCCAGGUGUGAAUAAGCCCCCAGUGAAGCCGGACUCGCCGGAGGUGAAGGUGGAGAAGGAGAGCGUGGCGGCUCAGGGCGAUAAAGGCGCGGCCAAGCCCAAGGCGCCGGUGAGCAGCGCCUCGCGCCUCUCCUCCGACCUCACCCGCGAGACCGACGAGGCCGCCUUCGUGCCAGACUACAACGAGAGCGACAGCGAGAGCAACGUGUCUGCCAAGGACGAGGAGGCCGCGGGGAAGACGCCCAAGGAGGCCAAGGAGAAGGCCGUGGAGAAGGCCAAGGAGGAGGCGGCAGUCCCGGCUCCCGCCGAGCAGCCUGAGGCGGGCAGGAGCCAGAGCCAGAGCAGCCCCAGCGUCAGCCGCAGCCGCAGCCACAGCCCCUCCGAGAGCCAGACACGCAGCCACAGCAGCAGUGCCAGCUCAGGGGAGAGCCAGGACAGCAAGAAAAAGAAAAAGAAGAAAGAGAAGAAGAAGCACAAGAAGCACAAGAAACACAAGAAGCAUAAGAAACAUAUGGGAAAUGAAACAGAAUUGGAAAAGAGCCAAAAACACAAACACAAGAAGAAAAAAUCGAAGAAGAGCAAAGAUAAAGAGAAAGACGACCAAAAAGUGAAAUCUGUCACGACAUAAACCGACAGAUAAUGAAAAAAUGACUUAAUUACUAAGUCAUCUGUAUGAUCUUUGUUAAAAUGUAAACGACUUCAAGCGUUGUAAAUAAUGACAUGAAAGACCCUGUGCUGCACUUAAAAUAUUGCUGCUUGAUUAUUUGAUUUUUACAUCAGAGCUUUAUAAAAGUGAACAUUUUGUACAGAAUUGUGAGUUGUGACCAUGUAACAUGAAAGGUUUUGCUGGGGCAUCUUCUUUUUAACCACCGUUAAUUAUUUUGGGUGGAGUUUACUGUACUGUGAAGAUUUUCACAUUCGGGUUUUUUUUAAUUGCCUGGCAGAAGCAGCUGGUAGCAGUUACCAAAUACCAGCAGAUGAAAUGCAGAAUACAUUACAGCCCUGUUAUGUCACUUUUUGAUUACAAUAAAAAAGUUUUCAGUAAAUGA